AUGGCUCCAGAGAUUGACUUGCCGGGGCCAAUGAGCCUCAUUGAUAACACUAAAGGGCAGCUGGUGGUGAAUCCAGAAGCUCUGAAGAUCCUAUCUGCAAUUACGCAGCCUGUGGUGGUGGUGGCGAUUGUGGACCUCUAUCGCACAGGCAAAUCCUACCUGAUGAACAAGCUGGCUGGGAAGAAAAACGGCUUCUCUCUGGGCUCCACAGUGCAGUCUCACAGCAAGGGAAUCUGGAUGUGGUGUGUGCCUCAUCCCAAGAAGCCAGAACACACCCUAGUUCUGCUCGACACUGAGGGCCUGGGAGAUAGAGAGUAGGGUGACAAUGAGAAUGACUCCUGGAUCUUCGCCCUGGCUGUCCUCCUGAGCAGCACCUUUGUGUACAAUAGCAUGGGAACCAUCAACCAGCAGGCCAUGGACCAACUUCACUAUGUGACAGAGCUGACAGAUCGAAUCAAGGCAAACUCUUCACCUGGUAACAAUUCUGUAGAAGACUCAGCUGAUGUGAGUUUUAUUCCAGCAUUUGUGUGGACUCCCAGAGAUUUCACCUUGGAACUGGAAGUAGAUGGAGAACCCAUCACUGCCGAUGACUACCUGGAGCUUUCGCUAAAGCUAAGAAAAGGUUACUGGGUACUGAUAAAAAAAAGUAAAAGCUUUAAUGAUCCUCGGUUGUGCAUCCAAAAGUUCUUCCCCAACAGGAAGUGCUUCAUCUUCGAUUGGCCCGUUCAGAAGAAGUAUCUUGCUCGCCUGGAGCAGCUAAAGGAGGAAGAGCUGAACCCUGAUUUCAUAGAACAAGUUGCAGAAUUUUGUUCCUACAUCCUCAGCCAUUCCAAUGUCAAGACUCUUUCAGGUGGCAUUCCAGUCAAUGGGCCUCGUCUAGAGAGCCUGGUGCUGACCUAUGUCAAUGCCAUCAGCAGUGGGGAUCUGCCCUGCAUGGAGAACGCAGUCCUGGCCUUGGCCCAGAUAGAGAACUCAGCUGCAGUGGAAAAGGCUAUUGCCCACUAUGAACAGCAGAUGGGCCAGAAGGUGCAGCUGCCCACGGAAACCCUCCAGGAGCUGCUGGACCUGCACAGAGACAGUGAGAGAGAGGCCAUUGAAGUCUUCAUGAAGAACUCUUUCAAGGAUGUGGACCAAACGUUCCAGAGGAAAUUAGGGAUAUAUUUGGCCCAGUUGGAAGCAAGGCGAGAUGACUUUUGUAAGCAGAAUUAGAAAGCAUCAUCAGAUUGUUGCAUGGCUUUACUUCAGGAUAUAUUUGGCCCUUUAGAAGAAGAUGUCAAGCAGGGAACAUUUUCUAAACCAGGAGGUUACCGUCUCUUUAUUCAGAAGCAGCAGGAGCUGAAGAAUAAGUACUACCAGGUGCCAAGGAAGGGGAUACAGGCCGAAGAGGUGCCGAAAAAAUACUUGGAGUCCAAGGAGGAUGUGGCUGAUGCACUUCUACAGACUGACCAGUCACUCUCAGAAAAGGAAAAAGCGAUUGAAGUGGAACGUAUAAAGGCUGAAUCUGCAGAAGCUGCAAAGAAAAUGUUGGAGGAAAUACAAAAGAAGAAUGAGCAGAUGAUGGAACAGAAAGAUAAGAGUUAUCAGGAACAUGUGAAACAAUUGACUGAGAAGAUGGAGAGGGACAGGGCCCAGUUUAUGGCAGAGCAAGAGAAGACCCUCUCUCUUAAACUUCAGGUAUUCAAUUGCAUCAUCUCAAUUUUCUCUUCUAGUGCCCCCUAUUGA